AUGCUCAGAUUAAACGCUAAUUACCCUUUGAUUCCGAAGAAAUCUUCUCACCGAGUUUGUAGCAGUAAGCUCGGUAACUACCAUGAUUCUUCGUCGAUCGUUAAAUAUGGCGUUGAUGAUGGUAAGAAGAAGAAGCAGCUUGUUCUAAGAUUUUCGGUAAAAGCAAUGGAAGACGAAGGUAAUGGCAGUGGAAGCAUGAGUUUCUCUGGACAAAGCUGGGAUCCAAGUUCCGAGAUUCAAGUUCCUUCAGACCAAAGACCCGUGAAUGAGUAUUCGUCUUUGAAAGAAGGGAUGUUGUAUUCAUGGGGAGAAUUAGGUCCAAGCCAGUUCUUUAUUCGUCUCGGUGGUCUUUGGCUGGUGACUUUCACUGUUCUUGGAGUUCCUAUUGCAGCUGCUAGCUUUAAUCCUUCUAGAGAACCUUUGAGGUUUGUUCUAGCUGCAGGGACUGGGACUUUAUUCCUGGUUUCAUUGAUUGUCUUGAGAAUUUACCUGGGAUGGAGCUAUGUUGGAGAUAGACUACUUUCUGCAGUUAUUCCAUACGAAGAGAGCGGAUGGUAUGAUGGACAAAUGUGGGUGAAACCACCUGAGGUAUUGGCUCGCGACAGGUUGUUAGGUUCGUACAAGGUGAAGCCAGUAAUCAAGAUGCUCAAACAAACCUUAGUUGGAACAGGAGCUUUACUCGUUUCAGCAUUCGUGCUAUUCGUUUUCGCAACACCAGUCGAGGAUUUCUUUAAAACCACACUAAGAUCUAAGGAUAGCCAAACAGAAGUUUCCAUUUCAAGAACCAACAACAAGAAGUUCAAUAUGAGAAAAGAGCAAUUGCUUCGGUUACCCGUAGAUGUUGUGACGGACGAUGACUUGGCAGCGGCCGCGGCUGAGGCUGCUGAUGGAAGACCGGUCUAUUGCAGAGACCGUUACUACCGUGCAUUGGCCGGUGGUCAAUACUGCAAAUGGGAAGAUCUUGUUAAAUAG